AUGAAUAAGAAGGUCAAGAGAAGAGACCAAAGACAGCGAAUAUGCGAUGGCUGGGUCGUGUCCUCCAUCUUCCCCUUGCGGGUGUGUCAUCCCUCGGCCCCUCCCCACUACGAAGUCCUGGACUGCUCCAACGUGACGAGCGAGAGGGAGCUGCGGUCGAUUUUCCAACGAGACUUCCCGACGAAUUACUUCAGCAAGUUCCUGAUGGACGGAAACAUGUACGUCAGCACCCUGAGCGAGGGCACCUUCGGCGAGAAGAGUUUCAGGGAGGUCGUCAUCACGAAUGGGGUUCUGGGUCGAGUGGAGCCGAAGGCUUUGCUCGGCAGCGUCCUCUCGCUUCAGGAAAUCGAUCUCGAGUCGAACUAUCUGACUUAUUUCCCCGCCGAAGAAAUACCGCUCUAUACUAACCUGGAGAGCUUGAACCUGCGUGGCAACAAACUCACGUCCUUAGCGAACAUCCUCUCCCAGACACUCAUGGACGUUAAACUGGACGGGAAUCCGAUGGGUCACGUUCCAGUUGACUUCCUGCAGGAUGUUCCAGAACUCCAGAUCUUCAGCUGUAGUUCCUGCGGCCUCACGGAAAUACAAACAGGAACAUUCACAAGAGGACCUCAAUUACGCUUCGUCGAUCUGGGAUACAACGAGUUGACAUUCCUGCCGGAGGGAGCGUUUAACUUGGCACCAUUCGAUUCAAUGUUGGUUCUCAGCGAUAAUAAGCUGAGCAGCGCGUCGCAGGAGCCAUUAACGGUCAGGCUUCUGUAA